CCCUUGCCUUGCCUUCUCCCCUCUCUCUCUCUCUUCUCUCCUCUCCCCCUCCUCGUCUCGCCUAGGGCACGCGCCGCCUCAAGGCCGCCUCCGCCCCCUCCCCCUCCCCGCGCGAUUCCCCCUCUCCCCGAUCGCCCCCGCCCCGAUCGCCCGGGGUCGCCACGCUCCCCUUCCCCUCGUCCCUCUCGGCCUCUCCCCCCAUCGCCGCCGGGUCCUCCGGGGGACGCGUUGCGGCGCCGCCCGUCCCCGAUCUCCCCGCUCUUGUUCGAGCGGGCGAUUACUGCAGUUAAAUAUAGGGUUUCAGAAAUCUACCUACACAGCUUACGUCAAGCAUGGACGACCUAUCAAAUGGCUCAGCAAAUAUUGAUGAGAAGAAUCAGGACAAUGAGAGGUCUGCAGAUGCUGGUGAGCCUGAAGAAGUAGCAAAUAUAUUUAUUUAUAGAGACGAUGUUGUCAGCUUGAAGUCAAAAGAAGAUGCCCGUGGGUUGGUGAUGGAGGUAGCAGGAGAAUAUGAUUCUGAAGGUAGCAUCACUGACGAUGAUACUGAUACUGAGGAGCAUGAACACAAAACUUCUCAUAGGACUGAAAAUGGUGAUGCUGAUGGUGAUAAUGGCAGUAAUGGAGUUGAUGUUGAUAGCCAGAGUUCAUUGCCUGACAACAAGGUUAGGGUUCUAUGGAUUGAUGGUGUGGAGAAGACAGAAGAUAUUGACAGCGUGGUUGUCAUGGACAGAAGUUUUCUCCAUGGAGAUAUCGUAGCUUCUGCUUCAGAUCCAACUGGUCAGAUGGGACUUGUUGCUGAUGUCAGCCUUGUGGUUGAUUUGCAAGGGCCUCAUGGAGACAUAAUAAAGGGUGUAUCCUCUAAAGAUUUGAGACGAAUCAGGGAAUUUAACGUAGGUGAUUAUGUUGUCUCCGGGGCAUGGCUUGGCCGAGUUGAUGAGGUGUUGGAUAAUGUUAAUGUGUUAUUUGAUGACGGUUCUGUCUGUAAAGUAGCCAGGGCAGAUCCUAUGCGGCUAAGGCCAGCAUCAGGGCCACUGAAUCCAAAUGCAAGCUGCCCCUUUUAUCCAGGACAGCGUGUGAAGGCAGUGUCUUCAUCUGUUUACAAAACAUCCAGGUGGCUCAAUGGACUAUGGAAAGCAAGUCGUCUUGAAGGUACCGUCACAAAGGUGGAAACUGUUGCUGUUAUAGUCUAUUGGGUUGCAUCUGCACACUUCGCAACAAAUCAAGAAUCUGUUCCUCCUGAAGAGCAGAACCCAAAGGAUCUGACUCUUUUGUCUUGUUUUUCAUAUUCAAAUUGGCAAUUAACUGAUUGGUGUCUUCCUUACCAAUACACAUCAUCAUGUACUGAUGAUUCUUUGAUUGAAAAUUCAGAAAUAAAGGACUCUGAUGACCCUUUAGGUCCACCAUCUGAUAUUCCUGAAGCCAGUGAUGUUAAAAUGGAACUAGUGGAGAAGACGGAUAUGGAUGAAAACCCUGCAAUGAUAGAUGGUGAUGCUUCUGCUGAUGGAUCAAACAUGGUUCAUGAAGAUAACACACGCAUAGCCAAUGAAUCAGAAUCAGGCAUGGGAUCAGGUGUUCCAAAGGAGGGAUCACAGGACAAUGCAACUUACAGGAAAAAACUUAGGAAAGUUUUUGUCAAAAAGGAUAAAAGAACAAGAAGAAGAGAUGAUAGCUUUGAAAGGGCUCUGCUUAUCACAAAUACAUACACGAAGGUCGAUGUGAUCUGGCAAGAUGGGACAAAAGAAUGUGGAACAAGCUCCACAUCGCUCAUCCCAAUCCACAGUCCAAAUGACCAUGAAUUCUUCCCGGAGCAGUAUGUCGUGGACAAGGUUGGUAAUGAUGUUGAUGAUUCUUCUGAAACAAAACGUGUGGGUCUUGUUAGAAGUGUUAAUGCAAAGGACCGAACUGCGUCUGUAUCAUGGUUUAAGCCUUCAUUACACCCAGAGGAGCCUAGAGAAAUCGAGUGCAAUGAAAUUGUGAGUGCAUAUGAAUUGGAUGGCCAUCCAGAUUAUGAUUAUUGCUAUGGAGAUGUUGUUGUUCGCUUGCCAUCUGUUUCACUUCCUCUUGAAUCAACCUAUAGAGACAACACCAUGGAACUGGAUAAGAAUUUGAAUUCCACAGAAGCAUCCGCAACCCCUGUAGCUGAUGCAGAGGAACAGUUUCCACAGCAGGAGUCCAGUUUGGAAUUUACUAGCCUUUCAUGGGCUGGUAAUAUAGUUGGUUUUCAAGACGGCGAUAUUAAAGUCAUUUGGGGCGAUGGUUCAGUGUCAAAGGUUGGACCACAUGAAAUAUAUGUUGUUGGGCGGGACGAUGAUGGUGCCUCACUAGAUGAUGGAACUGCGAGUGAUGGCGCUAGCUGGGAGACUGUUGAGGACAAUGAAACGGACUUGCUUGAUGAUUCUGCACAGGACGAUUCACAAAAUGUAGCUGAGAGUAACAUCGAAAGGGAAAAUGGUUCGUUUAGUUCCCAGGAUGGAAGCUCUGUUGCAACUGGUCCACUUUCUGUUGCUUUUGGCUUUGUGACCCGUCUCGCGAGUGAACUCUUUGCUCGAGGUAAAAAGCAUUUAGAUGGAUCAAACUCAGAUGCUAUGGAUGAAGUUGAAUCUCACCAGUCUAAUGAGAUUUCAGAAUCGGGUGAUGAUAUUGAUAAAGCCGAGGGGGAGAACAAUGUGGUAACACCAGAUUGUACUGUUGUGACAACAAAUGACUCUUCCGCUGGGAAGUCUGUAGAUGUGGAUAUGGCUGAGAAGCCUGGAGAUUCAGAUGGCUUCAAACACUUUGAUGUUCAGCAGUGUCCUCCAGACCAUCAUUACCUGGAAAACAUGGCGCAGGGCACUGGUGGAAGAAAGUGGGUCAAAAAAGUACAGCAGGAAUGGAGUAUACUUGAGAAGAAUCUACCAGACUAUAUUUAUGUCAGGGUAUUUGAGGAUCGUAUGGACCUCAUUAGAGCCGUGAUUGUUGGAGCAAGUGGAACACCAUACCAAGAUGGCCUUUUCUUCUUUGACUUCCACCUUCCACCUGAAUAUCCACAAGUCCCUCCGUCGGCAUACUACCAUUCUGGAGGCUUGCGUGUAAAUCCAAACCUCUAUGUGGAUGGGAAGGUCUGCUUGAGUCUCUUGAAUACAUGGACGGGCAGAGGGAAUGAAGUGUGGGAUCCAUCAUCAUCCAGUAUUCUCCAAGUGCUGGUUUCACUUCAGGGCUUGGUUCUAAAUGAAAAGCCCUAUUUUAAUGAAGCUGGCUAUGAGAAGCAAGUUGGUACUGUUGAAGGGGAGAAGAAUGCAUUGCCAUAUAAUGAGAACACAUAUCUGCUGAGCUUGAAAUCCAUGUUGUAUAUCUUGAGGCGGCCUCCAAUGCAUUUCGAGGACUUUGUAAAAAGCCACUUCUCCAAGCGUGGCAAUUACAUUCUCAAAGCUUGUGAUGCCUAUUUACAAGGUAAUGGGGUUGGGACGCUCACAGACGAUGCGUGCACCACUGAGAGAAGCAAAGAGCAGUCAAGCUCGGUGGGUUUCAAGCUUGCAUUAGCAAAAAUUUUGCCACGGUUGAUUACAGCUCUAAAGGACGCUGGAGCAAAUUGCGACCAAUACGAGCACCUCGGGAAAACGGAAACUGCUCAAGAAGUUGAACACUGAGUGACUUGUAUUCAAAUCAUUUUUGAUUUCAGAAAGAAUGAUCACCUUACCUGAUGUUUUCGUAUAAAUGUACAUUACAUUUGUUUCUUGUUUCUAUUUGAACAUUUGGAAAAUGUGGUUCCAAAUGUAUUCAUCUCUUCUCAA